GCGCGGCCUAGAGGCCACUUCCGAGUUGGAGAGAACUGCAAGUCCCAAAAGGCGGUGGGGCCGGGUGCGUCACUUCUGUUGCGUUGGAGGAUGAGGAGAACUGAGUCUGGGAGACAAGAUCGGCUUGAGAGCUACCGCCAUCCCCUAGCGGGCAAGCCCGGCGGAAGAGGGCCAGUGAUAGAUGUCCUAGAUGGAGCUGGCAUUGGACCCCGAUGACCAGGACCUACUGGACUUCCUGCUAGAGGAAAGCGGAGACUUGUGGACAGCGCCUGACAAGGCCGUGGUGGCUCCACUGGACUGGGAGCUGCCGCUUUCAGAGGGACCGAGCGACGGGGAGGUAGAGGAUUUGCUGAGCUCCCUGCUGUGUUCCCCAGCAUCGUUGAACGUCGUCAGCUUCUCCAACCCCUGUCCUGUCCUCCAUGAUCACACCUACUCUGUCCCACAGAAAUAUGUCUCCAUGGAUCUAGAGAAUGGGAGCUAUCGUAAGGAGGGGGCCCAGAUGACUCCACUGCAUGUGGAGGAGCCGGCAGAGCAGGACACUGCUAAGCUGAUACUGACAGAUGAGGAGAAGAGGCUGUUGGAGAAGGAGGGGCUUACACUACCUGGGACAGGUCCUCUCUCUAAGAUGGAGGAACAACUUUUGAAACGAGUGAGGAGGAAGAUUCGGAACAAAAAGUCUGCUCAAGAGAGCCGCAGGAAGAAGGAGGUGUAUGUUGGAGGUUUAGAGAGCAGGGUCUUGAGAUGCACAGCCCAGAAUCUGGAGCUUCAGAACAAAAUACAGCUCCUGGAGGAACAGAAUUCGUCCCUUCUAGGUCAGCUGAGGAAACUACAGGCCAUGGUGAUUGAGAUGUCAAACAAAACCACCAGCAGCAGCACCUGUGUCUUGGUCCUACUCUUCUCCUUCUGCCUCCUCCUCAUACCUGCUAUGUACUCCUCUGACACAAGGGGGAGCCUGCCAGCUGAGCACAGAGUGUUGUCCCGCCAGCUUCGUGCCCUCCCCAGUGAGGAUGCUCAGCAGCUGGAGCUGCCUGCCCUGCAGUCAGAGGUGCGAAAGGACAGCAAAAACCAGUUCCUGGACAGCUCAGACCAUGUACUCCAGGCUCCUGGCAACUCUUCUUGCCUGCUAUACUGCAUGCCUCUGGCUCCUAAUACAGAGCCUCCCUUGAAGUGGCCAUUGCUUGACCUCUUCUCAGGGUCCCCUCAGCCAGGUCCCAUCCUUCCUUUGCAGGCAAAUCUCACAAGAAAGGAGGGAUGGUUCCCUACCCCCAGCCUCACAUCUGUGAUCCUGCAGGGCAGAUACUCAAGCUAGAUGUGAGGAUAUCGCAGGAUUGCAACAGGAGCCUUUUUCUAUGUCCAAAAAAAGGAGAGAGGGCUAGCCUCAGCUCCUGUGCCCUGUUAGGAAGACUGAGGGCUCAAACACACCACACUUACUGGCUUUUGGGGUCUUUU